CCCCCCCCGAACUACACCUCCCCCCCUCUACUCUUCCACUCUUUCUCCCUUCCCCUACCACGUCUCCAACUACUGUGGCUUAGUUAAUGUCAGUUGGUUCCUCAGGCCCCUUCCGAUAGACCAUCAUUGGAGGGCUCCAUGGACCGUACCGUCUUUACUAUUUUUCUCUUUUCCCUUUCUUAGUUCCCUCGUCAUACGUCUCCGCCCCUCCUUCCACCACCCCUCGCCUCUUUAACAUUUCUCAUCUUCAAAUAAAAAAAAAGGGGCGCCCUGUCACGAUUUGACCCAACUUUGGAUUUAGUCUCUACGUCUCUCGAACUUCUUUGUCGAUACAAAUCAACCGUUGUACAAACCAAGACCGUCCAUUACACUGUGAUCUGGAGACCUCCCGUGAGCUACCUUUUACCCGUGGCGUCAACACCUCUUUUUUUUUGAGGCUCGCAUCCCUCCCCCCCGAGACUCCAACAAUAUUUCGCGUCCGCUCCUCCGCCUGUCCUUAUUGUAAAUCCGUUUCAACCGAUAUACGAUCGACCUGCCCUUGCUACUCGUUGCUGCCCUUGAUCGUUCAAGUUCCAGAUACCCAUUUGCCGCUGAAGCUCGUUCGGUCGACCACCCCAUCCUCGGAACCUCCGGUGUGUGUGUGAGAGAGAGAGAGAGAUAACGGACGUUUUCUUCCGACCCUAAGUCGAACCACGCCGACACGGAGCUUGUGGUCUCCUAAAAUCAGCUCACUCCGAUGGUGUAAAAAAGACAGCAUUCUACUUUUUCUCUUCCAUCCGACACUUCUUCCAACUCCGGCGCAUCCCUCGGCGCAAACCACUCGUAGAGUCAUUCUCAAUGUUCCGCAAUCGCAAUAAUACCCAGAAGCCUGACGAUGAGUUCAUCAGUCGCUUCCAAAGCACAUUUGCGGACAUCGUUCCCCGACGAGCCAGUCAUUCAAACGCCUCGCACAACACGUUUCCCGCCGGGACGGGAGAUCCUUUGGUUUCGGAUAGAGCAAUGGAACAUCAUGAGAUGAAAAUGGACGAGCAUGAUCUGAAAUUCCCCAAUGAACGCACUCCCCGGAAUCUCCACGACCUCAACUUCACCCCUACAUGGAUCGAUCCGCAAUCAAUGACGAUGAUGUCUCUUGCCGGGCAGCACCCGGGAUUCUAUACGCCAAACUCGGGAGGAAUGGGUGCUAUUUUCCACAAUCAAGCAGGCGACCUGCACACGCCUACCGCUGGAUUGAACAUGAUUACGCCGCUCUCCCUCUCCAACCCGAUCCCGAUUGGGCCACAUAAUGCCCAGCCUCCAAUCAAUCACUUCAAUCCGCAAUACCUCGCCCAACACAUGCCCGAUAUGGAUUCCUAUGUCCAACAACAAACAUAUGCGCCCAGUGCAUUCAUGCACCGAGACUCAUUCGAAGCUAUGGACGAGUCUGUGGACACUCCGUCAAUUCACAGUCUCCCCAUCGAUCAAGCAUCUAACAUUUCCGUCUCCACGGAAUAUUCCAGUGCACUCCACGUCAGCUAUGCCGAAGGUGAAAGUUUCCGCUAUAAUGUCUCUUUGCGAGCUCCGACGGCAAUGGUGAAGCAUCCACGAGAAGUUCCCAUCUCCUACCUCAACAAGGGUCAAGCGUACAACCUCUCGGUCUUGGACUCGAACCCGCCGAUGGUCGGCUCCGAACCACUACGAUACCGAACAUUCGUGCGAGUUUCCUUUGAAGAGGAAGAACAGCGUUCGAAGCCGGCAGCGUGCUGGCAAUUAUGGAAGGAGGGCCGUGGUAUGAGCGAGUCACAUCAACGUGGAGGAAAGCUUCUGGCGGUAGAAUACGUGGACCCGCACCAAGGUGGCGAUGACCACAAGCACCGUCAAAUUCAGGUUGAGCAAAUGUCCUUCGAUGGAUUCUGCGUUACUUGGACUGCCAAUCCCACGACUGGCACACCCGACUGUUCCAUCCCCGUUCGAUUUAAUUUCUUGUCUACCGAUUUCAGUCAUUCCAAGGGUGUGAAGGGUAUUCCUGUGCGACUUUGUGCAAAGACCGAGCUCUUGACGCCCACUGAUGAGUCGGAUAGCUCCCGUGAGCCGGAAGUGUGCUACUGCAAAGUCAAGCUUUUCCGUGACCACGGUGCCGAGCGCAAGCUAUCCAACGAUGUUGCGCAUGUCAAGAAAACGAUUGAGAAAUUGAAGCAGCAGAUUGCCCAGGCAGAGAUGGGCGGUGGGUUCGGCAAGCGCAAGCGUGGAAGCAACGCUACGGCGAACUUGAAAACGGCAGACCGGUCCAAGAUCCCGAAACAUAAGCGCACAUGGUCCAUGAGCUCGCAGGACGGACAACCGGAGAAGUUGUCCCUCGAAGAUGACCUACAAGCCAAGCUGGUUAUGAUGCAGGAGAUGUUCUCAUCGACUCGCACUAUGAGUGUGCUUGCUUUGCGCGGUGACGAGGAAGAUGACCCUGACUUGUUCCCGGUUCGGCUACCCACUGAUGGAGAGACCAUCAAGGUAAAACCUCUCAGCCGGCAGAACACGGGCGCCUCGCAUUCGAUGGAGUCUUUGAUCCUAUCUCCCACAGACAGCAAUGUUUCCAUGAACUCACCUCGAGUAAACGAGAGCAAAUUGGCUGCCUUGAAGGACGCGAAGAAUCCAACCACUAUCCCGAGGAUUGCAGCUGGUGAUUCCAUCUCCACUGGAUUCAUCGAGGCCGUUGAUAUUGACCCGACUUAUCGCCCGCCAGCGGAGCGUCCACCAAAGCCAAUUGCAUGCUUCUACGUCCGCUUUGCGGGCACUGACCAGCAGCCCGAUUACUACCGUGCAAUCUACCUUACUGAGCGUACUGUACGGGAUUUGAUGAAGAAAAUCUCCGAGAAAAACCACCUCGACCCAUCCCGCGUUGUGCGUAUCUUGCAUGUCAACCAGAACGGUCUUCGAAUAAUGGUUGAUGACGAUGUGGUCCGUGAGCUCCCAGAGGGACAGGACAUGAUUGUCGAUAUCUACGAGUCUCCGGCUACUACGAACGGAGGCGACGAUUGGGCGCCCGGCACCCCGGUCGAAAUCAAAUUGACAUACUGAUCGGCCUUCGCCUCGCAUUACCGUGAUGCGCUAUCUGGAACCGUCACGAUGCCCUGUUCUACCUCACUACGCACAUACAUAUCUAUGCCACGUGGCCAAUAGAUUGUCUCGUUACUACCCCCCUUAUCACUCCUCAUCGUCUUGUCUUCUCUCUACUCAACCUCUUUCUUUGCCUUGGCAUCGAGUUGCACCUGGUGUGUAAUUGCACUUUUCGGGAUAUCCACUUUGCGGUCUUCCGAUUUUCUUUAUUUCAUCUCUUGUUUUCUUUUUCCUAUCUUCUUUCGUCAUUGGGUUGGCAGCUAUUGAUCAUUUACAGGGGAGUUGGAUACGGAGGUAAUACACGAGUCUCCGAACAAUGAUACCCUGUCGCCAUAUGUUAUCUUUUUUUUGAUUUAUUGAUCAUCCGAUUUACGGGUUUACCGCUAUUGGUUUUACUCAAGGGCGUUGGUAUCUAUUCACAUUCCCUCGCCGAUGCUAUCUUAAUUGAUGGGCGACGGUUCGAAGUCGCUGAUAUACAUGCACUUUGCUUUUUGUCGAUACCGCCACGGUCCGCUUUUCCAGUUCAGUCUUGUCUUUCGAUUAUUUUUCGUUCAUCUGGUCUCGGUUCGACGCACACGAUGUGGAUACCCCGUUCCAAAGUUUCGAAUCUCUCUUCAUGUUUGUUGCGAGGACUCUCUGCAUUCUUCUAUCUCGUUCAGCGUUUGGUUUUUUUCCCCCUUAAUCUCUGUGACGCUUGUUCUCUUCCCCUCUUUCCAUUGGGCUAGUGUUUUGUCCGGGGCGCAUAUACACGGACUUGGAUCUUUUCGAUACCGAUAGUUACUAGGGGUUGGGGUUUAUAAAUCAACAUAUUCGACGAAUUAGGUACCAAAUACGAUCACCUACUGAUUCAUCAAAA